AUGUCGAAGUUGGCUAGAUAUCAGUCUGUGAAAAUCACAUUCCUUGAGCUCCACCACCACCAGCUCAAGGAUGUGAUAGAUUUACUGACCAAACAUGGAGUAAAAUCCAUGGAAAUCCAAAGUGUUCAGAGCAAGCCGAACAACGAUACGACUGAAGUCACCUUCACGACCAAGGCGGUUCUGCAGAGGGUAGUGCCGUCUCUGUCGAGUGACCGCUCGAUAGACGUGGAGACGUUUGGUACGGGGAUCACGGUUGUCACAGCUCGGGGAAUCCCCUUUGAGUUUGAAGAUAACUAUAUCAGGCUGAGACUGAAGGAGUAUGGCAUGGUACUUGAUACAAAGUACCUUACAUACGCUAACUUGGGAUUCCCCCAUAUCUACACGGGGACUCGCCAGUAUCGGAUGAAAAUCCAAAAGCACCUGCCAAACACGGUCAGGCUGGGUAGUGACAUCGUGUCGUUUAACUAUGCGGGGCAGCCGCGUAGCUGUCACCGCUGCGGCAGUACAGCCCACUUCGUGGCGGAUUGCCCCGAAACGAAGUGUGGAAAAUGUUGGGAGCUAGGGCAUGUGGCGAAGGAUUGUAAUAACCAGAUGAAGUGCUCGGUAUGCCUAGAGGCGGGUCAUUCCGCAAGGACUUGCCACAAGUCCUUUGCCAGCGUAGUCAAGCCAUCAAGUUCAUGGGCUACGCAAGCGAAGCCCGCUCCUGGCACUUCCAAUGCAGGUCCUGGCGUCCCUAAGACCAAACUGGUUAGCUCAGUCGAUAGUGAGAGUGAGGAAAGCGGUCAGGAAGACAUGCUCGAAGAGGAAACUACUCCUCACAAGUUGGUAGGGGGUCCCACUGCUGCUAACCCAGGUAGUGAAACCAAGUCCCCUCUUAAGGUAGUAGCCACAGACAAAGCCAGGAAGAGUAAAGGGGAUGAGGGCAAGUCUGACGACAAAGUGGAGGAGGAGGUUGCUAAGUCGGAUGACAAAACCUCUCCCCCCCAGGUGGUAAAGACCCCGGUCAGGGCUGUCACACCACCGUCCGAAUCGCCACCGAAAGGUCAUGAGGAGGGGUUCUGGGAUCUGGGCUCCCUCCCUGAGGAUGGUGCCAACAAAAUGCCAGAAGAUGAGGAAGAGGUGGAAGAAAUGGAGGUUGACAAGCCCACCACCACCUUUAAGCUGGCCCUGUCGGCAUCGCUUGCCGAAGAAUUGAGCAAAAACUUGACCAGUCCUGGCUUCACUAUAGGCGAGGGUGAGCACGGUCCCGAGCUUACCAUGAACCUGGACGAGCCCCUCAUCAUAGACGAAAGUGAUAGAGAGGAGAACGCGUCUAAGCGUCCUCAUCAGAGUGACCCGAGCGAUUCGGACGACUCGGACACCUCGGGAAAGAACCCUAAAGGGAAACUGACAGGAAAGAAGGUCAAAAAGGACUCCGAGAACACUACAAAAUUCGGGUCCCAAAUUGACUUGUUUGCCUCAUCCGGGGAGACUCAGUCUAAGGAGCCCCCAAACAGCUCCAAAGCGAAAAAGUCAGGCCUGAUGGGAGGUGCCAUCAAAGGUGCUGGAAACAAAGGUGGUGGCAACAAAAAUGCUGGAAACAAAGGUGCUGGAAACAAGGGUGGUAAGACUAGCAAUGUCAAGCCACGCUAA